AUGGAGGACCCAAACAAGGUCGUGAAGGUGCUUGCCUCGGAUGGCAAGACUGGUGAGCAGCGUGAGCUAGCCUAUACCAGUUGCCGCAUCAUCGGCAACGGCAGUUUCGGUGUUGUGUUCCAGGCCCGCCUCGUGCGCAAUGCGUCCGAGGAGGGCGAGCAGGUGGCUGCCUCGGACGACAGCACUGAGGGCAACGAUAGCAUUGCGAUUAAGAAAGUGCUGCAAGACAAGCGCUUCAAGAACCGUGAGCUCCAGAUUAUGCGUGUGAUCAAACACCCGAAUGUGGUCGACUUGCGCGCGUACUUUUACACGAACGGCGACAAGAAAGACGAAGUGUUUCUGAAUCUGGUGCUCGAAUACGUACCGGAAACCGUGUACCGUGCUACUCGUCACUAUACCAAGGUGAAGCAGACGAUGCCGAUGCUCUUGGUAAAGCUGUACAUGUAUCAGAUUCUGAGGAGUCUGGCGUAUAUCCACUCGCUCGGUAUCUGCCACCGUGAUAUUAAGCCGCAAAACCUGCUGCUCGACCCGCGGACGGGCGUGCUGAAGCUCUGUGACUUUGGUUCGGCCAAGAUCUUGGUGCCGGGCGAGCCGAACGUGAGCUACAUCUGCUCGCGUUACUACCGUGCCCCUGAGCUGAUCUUUGGCGCGACGAACUACACUACGAAUAUCGUAGAUAUCUGGUCCACUGGCUGUGUGAUGGCCGAGCUGAUGCAGGGUCUGCCCCUCUUCCCUGGCGAGAGCGGCAUCGACCAGCUCGUUGAGAUUAUCAAGGUCCUGGGUACGCCGUCGCGUGAACAGAUCAAGACGAUGAACCCGAACUACAUGGAGCACAAGUUCCCCCAAAUCCGCCCGCAUCCCUUCUCCAAGAUUUUCCGCCCGCGCACUCCAGCGGAUGCUAUCGAUCUCAUCACCAACCUUUUGCAAUACACCCCUCAUGCACGGUUAACGGCAGUGGAGGCGCUCUGCCACCCCUUCUUUGACGAGCUGCGCGAAGAGGACGUCAUCCUCUCUAAUGGACGGCCCAUGCCCGAUCUGUUCAACUUUACCCAGGAGGAACUGUCUGUGCGGCCAGACCUGAUCAAGCACCUCGUUCCGCCGCGCGCCGAGGCUGCCCUGCUUCAACGCGGGAUUGAUGUCAACAACUUUGAGCCGACGCCUGCCGAGGCGCUUCGGGUCACGCUCGAGUAG